GACAUCUGCGCCAUCUUAUUAAGAUCGCAGUUUCAAUUUACAUUAAUUUCUAUUUUUAAAUAAAUUUUUAAGGAUUACCGCAGUUUUUAAGCCACAGAAAUACCAAAAUGGCUUCGAGAGUAUUACUUAAAAAGCCUUUCGAUUUAGGAAAACUUGUUUUAAGACAUCAAUCAACGAUGUCAGCUUUUGAAAUUCAGCACAAGACACCCCUUAUUAAAAAAGUCGAACCUAUCCCUGUUGCAAUGUAUGGGGGCCGUCAUCAUGUCACGAUGUUACCAGGGGGUGGAAUUGGUCCCGAAUUGAUGGGAUAUGUUACAGAGGUUUUCAAAUAUGCAGGAGCCCCUGUUGAUUUUGAACUUGUAGAAAUUGGAGAUGAAAAUAGUGAUCUUGACUAUGCCCUAACUUCGAUCAAGAGAAACGGCGUUGCCAUUAAAGGCAACAUUGAAACAAAAAGCGAGGACGCGAGUAUCGUUUCCCGAAAUGUGGCAAUCAGAAAUGAAUUAGAUUUGUAUGUAAAUAUUUUACAUUGUAAAUCAUAUCCGGGAGUUCAUGCAAGACAAAAGGAUAUUGACAUUGUCAUCAUUAGGCAAAAUACUGAGGGAGAGUACGCCAUGUUGGAACAUGAGAGCGUUGAUGGAGUUGUUGAAAGUAUGAAAGUUGUAACCAAAUCAAAUUCAGAUAGAGUCGCACGUUUUGCGUUCGAAUAUGCCAAGAAAAAUGGUCGCAAGAGAGUUACAACUAUACACAAAGCCAACAUUAUGAAACUUUCAGAUGGUCUCUUUUUGGAAACGUCAAAACGGGUAGCAAAAGAUUACCCCGAAAUUGAACACAACGACAUGAUUAUUGAUAAUUGUUGCAUGCAACUAGUAUCAAAGCCGCACCAAUUUGAUGUUAUGAUUAUGACAAAUUUGUAUGGAAGUAUAGUCUCUAAUGUAGUUUGUGGAUUGAUAGGGGGCGCUGGUCUCUUAUCUGGUAAAAACUAUGGCGACCAUUACGCCAUUUUUGAGCCUGGUACUAGAAACACGGGGACAGCUAUUGCGGGAAAAAACAUUGCUAACCCCAUCGCUAUGUUGAGUGCCUCAGUAGAUAUGUUACACCACUUGGGACAUGUACAACACGCUGAACUUAUUCAACGCGCUAUUGAGAAAACCAUCUGUGAGGAUAAAAUACACACCCCUGAUUUGGGGGGUUCGGCUAGAAGUACGGAUGUUGUUCAAAGAAUUAUCGACCACAUUUUACAAGCCGAUAUUAGACCUUGAAUCGAGUUUGAGUCACGUUUGUACCUUAUUUAAUUGUAUGAUAUGUAAAUAGACUUCAACUAAGAUGAUGUAUUUAUUAAGUCUUGUAAUUUGCUUUGGAUUAAACCGAGGAUUAAAUAAAACAUAAGAUCAAUUCGA